GAUUGAUUGAGAGGUGAGUAAGAAACAAUGAGAUGUGCACAAAAGCUGUAGUAGAUAUCUUUCAAUAUCGAUCAGUAUGCAGUCCACUACCAGACAGACCUAAAUUGACCCCCUCAAUGUCACCAUCUCUAUUUGUCCCUUCCCGUGGACCUAAAUAUAGGGUAUAUGUAUCUUUAAUUUGUUAUAGUUAUUCUGUGUCGGUUGGCCGGUUGAUUGUUUUGUUGUUUGCUAUUAUUGCUAUUUCAGAAAACAGCCCACUGUACAAACUCUAUUAUCCUAUCCAAUCCAAUCCUAGCUGGCUGCAUCAUCAUCGUUUUGUAAGUAGAAGAGUCAUGUCAAAAUCAUCAUCCCCCCCGGCGGCGGCUUCCCGCAAAAUAACAACUAGUGCAGUGAUGAUAUUUUUUAUUGUUGUUAUCAGCAGCAGCAGUACCGUCGUUAGUGAUUCGGGUGAUAAUAAUAAUAAUGUUGAAGUAGAAGCGUUGCUUGAAUUGAAGAAACACCUUAAUGACCCUUUGAACUACUUACAAGAUUCAUGGAAUAAUAAUGAUAAUAAUCCAUGCAACUUUUAUGGGGUUUUAUGCGACAACCAUACGGGCCGGGUCACAGAGAUUUCUCUCAACUGGAAGUCCCUCUCAGGCAAGAUUUCACCUUCUAUCGGGUCCCUCCACGGCCUCAGGUCUCUCGUCAUCCCUUCAAAUUAUCUCUCUGGUGACCUCCCUGCCUCCAUCGCCAACUGUACCAAUCUCAGGGUUUUAAACAUUUCCGCUAAUAACUUCACCGGUCAACUGCCUGACCUUUCAAACCUCAUCAACCUCCGGAUCCUUGAUAUUUCAGAAAACGAUUUCAACCGCCAGUUCCCCACUUGGGUAGGAAAGUUGACGUCUUUAACAUCACUUGGUCUGGGUGAUAACAAUUACGAAGACGGGGUUAUACCCGAUAGUCUUGGUAAUCUGAAAAACCUCACAUGGCUUUAUCUCAGAGGUUCCCAACGAACCGGGCAGAUACCGGAUUCUAUUUUUCAUAACCUUAAGCAGCUACAGACGCUUGAUCUUGCCGCCAACAAACUAUCCGGCGACUUCCCUCUGGGAAUCACCAAUCUUAAAAAUCUCUGGAAGAUAGAGCUUUUCGGGAACCGGCUGACGGGGGUAAUCCCGCCCCAGCUUGCUCAGCUAAACCUGUUGCAAGAAUUUGAUAUUUCGGCCAACCAGAUGCACGGCCAACUCCCUACCGACAUUGGAAACAUGAACAACUUGACUGUCUUCCAGUGCUUUAUGAAUCAAUUCUCAGGCCAACUUCCUCCUGGAUUCGGAGACAUGCAACAUCUCAAAGGCUUUUCUAUCUACCGUAAUAACUUCUCCGGGAAUUUCCCCCGAAACUUUGCAAAGUUUGCUCCUCUUGUUGAAAUCGACAUUUCUGAAAAUAACUUCUCGGGUGGGUUUCCCAAGUUCUUGUGUGGUGGGGGCGUGCUGGAGAAACUGUUGGCUCUUGGAAAUGAUUUUUCUGGUGAAUUCCCAGAGAACUAUGCCGAAUGCAAGUCUUUACUGAGGUUGAGAGUGGGUCAGAAUCAGCUAUCCGGAAAGAUCCCGCAAGGGUUGUUGUGGGCUUUGCCUUUUGUAGACUUGAUAGAUUUAAGCGAUAACAAUUUCAGUGGUGAAAUAAUAAUAAUAAUGUCUCCUAGAAUCGGAGCUGCUAAUUCCACCAGCUUGACGCAAUUGCUGCUGUUUGAUAAUAGGUUUUCAGGUGUGAUCCCAUCUCAAGUCGGGACACUGCUGACUCGCCUCGAGAAGCUUGAUUUGUCAAACAACAAAUUCUCAGGCAAGAUCCCAUCCGAAUUUCAGAAUCUUAAACAGUUGUCUUCCUUGCACCUCCACAACAACUUGCUUUCGGGUUCCAUUCCUGUUGAAUUGGGCGAAUGUGACAAGCUAGUCGACUUAAAUCUGGCACGGAAUUUUUUAACAGGAAAAAUCCCAGACACCUUGGGGGAUAUUUCAUGGCUAAAUACCCUUAAUUUGUCGCAGAAUCUCUUGACAGGCGUAAUCCCAGACAACCUCAGGCGUUUAAGGUUAAGCUCCAUCGAUCUUUCGGUUAAUCGUUUGUCUGGAGUUAUUCCAUCCGAUCUUCUAAACAUGGGAGCAAACGAUGCUUUUGCUGGAAACCAAAAACUGUGUGUCAACGAAAAUUACUAUUCUAGGAGGAAUGUGAAUGUUGGUUUGGACGUUUGUGAGACUACUAAACAUCAUCUUCACCAAGUUAACAAAACCAAACUAGUUUUGAUUUGUAUAAUAUUACUAUUCAGUUUGAUGGUAGUCUUAGGAGGAUUGAUGUAUGCGUCACUACGUAUAAAAACCGAUACCAAACAUGAUUUAUCUAACGAUGAGAAAGGACCCAAGUGGAAACUUGAAAAUUUCCACCAAAUCGAAUUUGAUGCCGACGAACUAUGUGAUCUGGAUGAGAGAAACUUGAUUGGAGUCGGAGGUACCGGAAAAGUCUACCGUGUUGACUUGAAAAAGUCAGGGCUAACAGUCGCGGUAAAGCAGAUUUGGAAUAGGAAACAGGGGAAUAAGGUGCAAGUUAUCACUACCGAAAUCGGGAUCCUUGGUAAGAUUCGGCAUCGGAAUAUACUCAAACUUUAUGCUUGUCUAGUGAAAGGGGGUUCAAGCUUUUUGGUUUUUGAGCAUAUGGUUAAUGGGAGCCUAUACGAGGCUUUGGCCCGGGUGUUUAAAAAUGGGCAGCCUGAGUUGGAUUGGGUUCAAAGGUAUAAGAUAGCUAUUGGGGUUGCAAAAGGAAUUGCUUACUUGCACCAUGAUUGUACUCCGACAAUAUUACAUCGAGAUAUCAAAUCAAGCAACAUUUUGCUCGAUAAAGAUUUUGAACCCAAGAUUGCUGAUUUCGGGGUUGCGAAGAUGACUAACGAGGAAUGUUUUGUGUCUGACUCCAACUGCUUUGUGGGUACUCAUGGUUAUAUUGCUCCUGAGUUGGCCUAUACACUCAAGGUGACCGAAAAGAGUGACGUUUAUAGCUUUGGGGUGGUGUUACUUGAACUCGUGACGGGAAAAAGACCUAUGGAAGAGGAAUGGGGUGAGGGAAAGGACAUAGUGUAUUGGGUUUUCUGUAACCUUCACGACCGUGAAAACAUCCUUCAACUUCUUGAUCAUAAGUUGAUAAUUAUUUCUGAUGAGACAGAUGAUGAUCUAGUGGAUGACAUGAAAAAGGUGUUGAAGAUCGCUCUGCUUUGUACCUCGAAGCUCCCAAAUCUAAGGCCUAGCAUGAGAGAGGUUGUCAAAAUGCUUACCGAUGCCGAGCCUUGUAAUGGUAUACGAUUGAGAGAUGACCGUGACAAGUUUGCAAAGCUUUUGUUCUAAUCAUAUCCUCAAUUUCCCUCUUGAUACCCUGAGAGUAGAGGUUCUCAUCGAUGAACCAAUACUUUUUCUUACUGUAUGCAUGUCUAUAGAUUGUAUCUUAUCUACCAGCUUGAUUUUUCAAUUCUUGUAUACCGUUUGUAGUUUUGAGCAUGUAAAAUUGAACUAAGACCAAUUAUAAGAUUGGCGAAGAUGUUGCUGUUGUAAAUUGUAUGAAAACAUGUAAGAUUAUGAAAUUAAAUUGGUCAUGACAAAUCA